AUGAAAAAAGAAACGUUGCGGAUGGAACAGUGUCUUUGGGCACCAUGAUGCUGGGGAGCAACGCGGACGGGUCCGACAAGUUGCUGCCUACUGGCAAGGCGGAGAAGCCCCGAUGCUUCGCUGGUAUAAGGCAAUUUUCUUGCACUUACACCAACCAGCAAAAUGCCUGGAUGACAGGGAAGGAAUACACAAGCUGGGUAAGAAAAUUUGAUGCAAGGAUGAGAAUCGAGAAGCGCAAGGUCCUGCUCUUUGUAGACAACUGUCCAGCCCAUCCAAUCGUCGACGGCCUGACCAACACCGAAGAGGUGGACAUGGGAAUCAUCAAGAACUUUAAGCAUCAUAACAGAACCAGGCUUGUCCAGCCAAGCGCCUUAUCAAUUUUAUAGGAAGAACAAACGUCGAGAAGAAGAACUUCUUCAUUAACAUGUUCCAAUUCCUGCACUAUUUAAUAGUAAGUUUAACUGCAGACGUCUUGCUGGUCCCCGUACUUGUUUGUUUUAAACUGGUUAGGCCUGAAGGGGCUUGUUAAGUUUCCUAAGUGUGGCAUACACUGGGUUGCACAAUGUGCGUACCAC